ACAUCUCUAUUUCCGAAUACAGUUCUCCCCCCAUCUUCCCCCUCUUCUCCCCUUCGACCGUUGGGGUUUUCUGUGAGCAAAAAUGGCAAUUACAAGGAGGAGCGUCAUGGCCAAACACCAAGAGCAAGCAACCCCCGCACCUCCUCAUACUCCUUCUACUCCACUUGCUGCUGAAAUUAAUUCCGAUUCAAACAACAAUGCGCAACAACCCCAGCAACAACCCCAGCAACAGCAACAAAAGCAACUUCAACCCAUUGUUGUUGCCGAAGUUGUUUCAGGUUAUGAGCAAACUAGAGAACAAAGAAUUAAGGAAAACCGUGAACGUUUACAGAAAUUGGGCAUUGUCGAUCUCUCUCAUCAACUCAACUCCAUUGUUGCUACUAAACGCACUCCCAGAAGGACACCUUCUGAAAGAACCACCCCCUUAAGAUCUCCUUCUCUGGGACCUGCUGAUCCACCCCGCCGUUCUUCCAGACUGCAAAAUGCGCCAGCAGUGACCUACACUGAGUUAAAGGAGGAGAAAAUAAAAAGAACUAGGGACAUUGUGUUGGAAGAAGGGGCUAAGCCUGAGUUCUAUACUGAAGAGCAUGAGAAGCUAUUGGGGAACACAGAGAUGCCCUGGACUUUUUUCGUUGAUGGGUAUAGAGCCGAUGGAACCCGGAUCUAUGAUCCGGUCACUGGGAAGACUUGCCAUCAGUGCCGGCAGAAGACUCUUGGGCAACGUACUCGCUGCUGCAAAUGCAGUCUUGUCCAGGGACAGUUUUGUGGGGAUUGUCUUAUAAUGAGAUAUGGGGAGCAUGUUGUAGAAGCCAAUCAAAACCCAGAUUGGAUUUGCCCUCCUUGUCGUGGGAUUUGCAACUGCAGCUUGUGUCGCCAAGCAAGAGGAUGGGCUCCAACUGGGGCUCUGUACAAAAGGAUCAACAAACUGGGAUACAAGUCAGUAGCACAUUACCUAAUCACGACAAAACGUGCUCCUCCAGAUCCAGAGACGGGUUCUGAUGAUGUGCAAUCUGCGAAAAGGUCUCUCCCAUUUGAGGGCAUGGAGCUACCAAAUGAUAGCGGUUCUGAAGACAAAGCAGUAAUUGAGAAAACUGAAGUCAACCCACAAUCUGAAAACAGGGUUAUGACUGUUGCUGAGUCAGGUUCAAAGUCAGCGAGUAAUGGAAGAUCAAGGAAAAGGUCUAAGAAAGAAAUUAUUGAUGCUGGUGACAAAUCAAGUGAAGCCGCAGAACAUGAGUCCAUUUCCGAAAUGAACGGUCCAAAUUCUUCAACUUCCUCUGUUGAAAAGUCGGAUUCAACACCAGUUGUCAGGCGAUCAACGAGGUCUAUGAAAGAAAAUGUUGAUGCUGGUGAGGUAUCUGUUAAAACAAAUGGAACUCCAGGAGAAGAACCUGUUUCCGCUGUGAAAAGUCCAAGCAAUUCAGAAUCUAUAACGGACAGUGCUGCUAGAAGGCUAAGGCCGAGGAACAGGACUUGAAAUGCUGCAGACCUGCAGUUUGCUUAACUUCUUCUACAGAAGAUGUUUAAUGUUCUAUCUUUUUGGGAAGUUAAGAGGCAUAUCUUUUGGGAUAACAAGCUCCAUUGGUUUAGGUAACUUUUUGAGGGAAGUAUGGUGUAUCUAUGUUUUAGGAUAGCAAGGCACCGUUUUGUAGGAAGUAUGAAUGAGUAUGAUGCAGCUUUUGGAGUCGGAUAGAAUUUAGUGUGCAGAAGAAGGGGUUUUGGAAGAAUCAAAUAUGAUUCAUCCGUCGUAAUUGUACUAAUCUAUGUAACUUAUAAACUAAUUGUUCUCGGUAGAGAGGUGCUCAUAUGCCCACCAGAUUCCAACCUGUUUGGUUGAUUUUCUCAGUUUUAUAUCAUGUACAAAAGAAUUAUCAGUGGGCAUUAGACCUAGUUUGAAGAGAACUACUCAAGGUGUGUUGAACCUUGAGUCGGAAUGCGAGUUUUUUGGCGGAAAUCUCCAUUA